CAUUCGACAGAUAGGAUAUAGAUCGAACCAAUCAUUUUGGUCGGUUUAAAAAAAAAAAAGUUUGUGGUUCUCGCAUAGGUCUCUUCUUCCUUCUCAAUUUCAUCCCGCAUUCGUCGUCAAUAAACCAAUUUGAUCUUGCAAUCUUUACUGUGAGGGGAUGCAGAGCUCAAGCUUUCUGACGGUGGGGGAGCGCCUCUGUUUCACUUUCCUUCCGCUGAUAGCCAUCUUUGAAUCUCUGAUCUUCGUCGUCACCAACUGCUUCGAAAGCCACCCGAAGAUUCUCCUUCGAAGCACUCCGCAAGCCCGCCAUGAUUUUGCCAAGCUCGCAGAGGAAUCUCGAUGCUUCACAGUGAACGAGGUAGAGGCGCUACACGAGCUGUACAAGAAGCUGAGCUGCUCCAUCAUCAACGACGGCCUUAUUCAUAAGGAAGAACUUCAAAUGGCAUUGUUUAUGACUCCAACUGGAGAGAAUCUCUUCCUUGACCGAGUUUUUGAUCUUUUUGAUGAGAAGAAAAAUGGUGUUAUUGAGUUUGAAGAGUUCAUUCAUGCACUAAGCGUCUUCCAUCCUUAUGCUCCUCUGGAGGACAAAAUGAACUUUGCAUUCAGAUUAUAUGACUUGAGAUCAACAGGUUAUAUUGAGCGAGAAGAGGUUAAACAGAUGGUUGUUGCUAUCUUGACAGAGUCUGACUUGAAGCUUCCAGAUGAACUUCUUGAAGCCAUAAUUGAUAAGACAUUUGAAGAUGCUGAUGCUGAUAGGGAUGACAAAAUUAGCAGAGAUGAGUGGAAGGAUUUUGUUAGUCGACACCCUUCACUUUUGAAGAAUAUGACUCUUCCCCAUUUGAAGGACUUGACAAAAGCAUUCCCAAGUUUUGUGUUCAACACUGAAGUUGAGGAUUAGGAAACAUUGACAGUUUAGCUAAAACUAUGGAGCUUCAGAAGUGAUCCUCUGUUUGUACAAAAUGUGCCAAGUGCUCUGUAAUUAUGAAUUUAAAACUCUUUGGAAAUGUCAGUAAAUGUAUCAUUUUCCUCCAUUGCUCUA